AAGAACUGCUGCGUGCGUUGGAGACCACAUACCCAGUUGACAACCACCAAGUAAGAUUAGCGCGUGUGGGAAUAAUCUAAGUUCAAAAUGUCUUUCCAGAAGGUUGCCUUGGUAUUAGACAAUGGCUCCGAUACAAUGAAAGCUGGAUUCGCGAAAGAGGAGGCACCGGAUGUAAUGUUUCCUACCGUGAUCGGUCAAACAGCAGUCGCAAAACAGAUGGAAAUUUUAGAUAGACCAGCUCCAUUUAUAGGAAAAGAAGCCAAGACGAGAAGAGACUCUCUUGAGCUUACACACCCAAUCACAAACUCGAUAAUAACUGACUUUGAGGGCAUGGAAGAGGUAAGUUAAUUCGACAAUGCCAUGCAAUUAAGUUGUCAUAAAAAAAUAAUCAUCUCCAUCUCUUAUUUUUUUUGUUGCAUAGUGCCGUAUGCGUUGUUUUAAACUCUCAUCGAAUGAGGUCGCAAAUUUCGUCGGCUGAAUAAUGUUGAAGUCCAUUUUGCCAGCUGAAAUAACCUUGAGUGUUUACUUCUUUUAUCAAUUUCAUGUGUAUUUCUUGUUUUGGCUCGUCUGAGACGUUUUUAAAAGAUUCAGUGCAUAAUCAAUGAAUAAUACUGUGUGGUGUGACAUUCACCCUGAUGAGUAAUGUCUCUACACGUCACACAACAACUUCAUAACGUUUUAUCCGCAGAUCUGGCGUUUCACAUUUUCCAAUGAGCUGAAGGCUAAUCCCGAGGAACACGCUGUUCUACUGACUGAAGCUCCCUUUAAUCCGAAAGUAAACAGAGAGAAGACCACCCAGGUACAUUAGAGAUUUCAUACUGAAUGCGAUUUCUGUUUAAGAGCAUGGCGUCUUGCGUGAUGUAGUGUGAUCUUGCUAAUUACUAAUGAGGUCCUGUUAGUAAGUAUAACAUUUCGCAUCCGCUAACAUGAAAGCGCGGACGGACGGAGGAAUUUCUUGCAUGCAUAGAUAACCAAAUUUUAUUACCCAUGGUGCUUCGCUACAAAUAUGUGUUUCCAAAUCCACUCCACAGCCCACUUCUUUCUUUGCAAAUCCGUCCACUCGAUUACCAGCCGCUGUUCGACAAAAUGAGGCCACGCUCUUCUCGCGGGGAGGACUGAGAGAGCGGCAGAAAUCGAGCCCACUUCGGUCCAGUUUCCUACCGAAGGAUUGUCACCUUGUUGCGGUCGGUGGGCUUGCGUGUCUCAGUGACCCCUAUAGCUAUGCUGGCGGGAGAUUCGUCACCUGGUAGGGCCUCCUAUGCCAGACAGGUCCAAAGGUAGAGGCCUGACGAAGCGUGAUCCACUGGUCCUCCAGAUUGGGGGUUGCACACAGGACUAACAAUACUGUUCCGUAAAAACACUCCUGUUACGGAAACAGCAAGAGAGGAAAUCGACGCUACUGAGUUUGAUGGUCUUCUAGAGUCAUCGGAAGAUACUCGUAUGAAUGACAGUGGUGGAAGCCGGGAGGAAGCCAUUGACAGAAAGAUGGAAGUCUUGAGCGCCAAAACUAAGACCAGAAUUGGGUCCUGGAACGUGAGAACUAUGUAUGAAACGGAAAAGCUGGCACAAGUGACAGCAGAGAUGAGACACUACUGUGGAAGGGGAGCUCAAGACCCUACAGCACACGUGGGAAACCAUUCAGAAGCUGGCCCAGAACAGACAGGAGUGGCGAUCCUUUGUUGCUACCCUGUAUGCCUGACGCUAUUCACGAACAAGAGUGAGUGAGUCAGUCAGUCCUUGUUAAUUAAAACUGACAUGCCUGUAUUUGAAACUGGGGCACGGAAAAUGCAGCUCCCUUUACUCGCCUACGAAGAUCAUGACUAGUCAAUAAACGGACCUUUCAGUGGCGGUCAUCCGCGUUUAUACGUUCAGAAUUUGUUGGUUUUUGGAACUUAAAGUUCCUUUGUUCUAGUGGUUUGUAUAACGAAAAAUUAUUAACUGAAACUGCCCAAAGCAUUGUUCAAAAGUCAAGCUUUUCUAAUCCCUGGCGUUUAAUCGUGAUGCCAAGUUGCAGCCUUUACUGACUUUGGCCGAAAGGAUUACUUUUGGAUAAAAAAGUUUCACUAUCCCCUCUACUUUGCCUCUCGCUUUUGUCGCCUGUGCCUUUUUUUUAUCGUCAUUUACUAGGCUUCAUUUCAGUUGGAGAGGUUAUCGCAAAAAUCCUCAGGAUCUUGAACUAUUAUUUAUUUAUUUAUUAUUUAAUCGCUUUCAUCAUGAUUACAGUGCUAAAAAAGACUAGGGAAAAAACACAUUUGAACAAGACACAAAAACGAGGGGCGAAGGUGCGGGACACACAACAGAGCGAGGCUUCAAAUUAAGUGUGCCCGUACGGAAAAUGCACAAAUACUAACUAUGUAUACAUUAAACAUUAUAAAAAGUGUAAAAUCCUAUUUGUAAAAACGAUAAGAAUGAAUCCCGCCCGCAGCCGAUAGAAUACUAAGUAUCCACCUGAGUAUCGCAAGAAGUGACUCAAGAGGGACUACAUUAAACUCGCUCAGUUAAUAACAAAAAUGCUUAGGUGUAUGAACAGCGUGUAGACUUCUUCUUUCUGUGCAAAGUAUCUGGGAUCAUUGUACGUUUCUAGGAAACUGCCCACCUACCCCUCCCCUAAGCUAACAUUUUGCCCUAAGUGAGAAGUAAGUGUUAAUGUUGGCCCUAGGGGAGGGGUAGGUGGACACUCCCAGAAACGUAUAAUGAUUCGGUAUCUGAAAGGGCUACCUUGCUAACGUUUUAACAGAAACUCAUAACCAAAUACAGUCCAGGUUUGUGAUAUGUUAGGCUGACAGUGAAACUGACUGAGAGUUUAGGUAAAUGUUGAAUAGACCUUUCCCGCGUUCAGCUCCAGUGAGCACAUUCACUGAAACGAGGUCGAGGCUCGAGUUAGUCUGAGACCAGGCCCAGUAGUGGUGGGGGGAGGCAAAAGAGAAAAACGGGGUAAAACAGCAAAAAAAAGGAAAAUCAAGCGGUGGACUGGGGAGGGAGAAAGAGCGGCGCCCUUUCCUCUCCCCAGACUCUCGCUUAGUUUGCUUCGCUCGCCGAUUUUUUUUGUCGCCUUUUCCCCUCACAACAGAGCCUGCUCCCAGGUCCCAGGCUAGGGCUCAGGUGCACGGGCGAAUUUCCUCCAAAUGACUGUAUUUCGUCACUCUAAGCGUCUAGUUGGUGUUUUUGUUCACAGAGAUGCGGGAAAGGUCCAUACAACAUGUACAAGGCAAGAUAAGAAACCUUGUGCUCAAAUUUUUUUCGUCAGAUCAUGUUCGAAACCUUCCAUACACCCGCGAUGUUUUUAGCCGUGGCACCUGUGCUGGCGCUGUACGCAUCAGGCCGUAAAAAUGGUACAAUCAUAGAGUGUGGUUAUGGUGGGAGUCAUGCUGUUCCUAUCUACGAUGGCUUUGCUAUUACUAAAAGCAUCUGUCGUCUCGAUAUUGCUGGCGAGCGCCUUACGGAUUAUCUCAAAACGUGUCUGGUUGAGCGAGAUAACUCCGUCGCCUCUGUUGAAGGCGAUUUGGUGCGUGACAUCAAAGAGAAGCUGUGCUACGUUGCUCUAGAUUUCGAACAAGAAAUAAGUAACGCUGAAUCCAAUUCCAGCUUGCAGAAAACGUAUGAACUUCCUGAUGGUCGGGUCAUCACCAUCGGAAAUGAGAGAUUCCGAUGUCCCGAGGCCAUGUUCCAGCCUUCCUUUCUUGGAGUGGAAUCUGCAGGUAUCCACGAGACCACGUACAACUCAAUCAUGAAGUGCGAUGAGGACACCCGUAAGGAGCUGUGCGCCAACAUUGUCCUAACUGGUGGAUCCACAAUGUUUCAAGGAAUUACCGAGCGAAUUCAGAAGGAAAUCACUUCUCUGGCACCGGCAGAGAAAGUCAAAAUCAUUGCUCCUCCAAUUGACCGCAAGUUAUCUGCAUGGAUCGGAGGAUCAAUUUUGGCAUCCUUGGACACCUUCCAGUCCCUGUGGAUUACAAAGGGAGAAUAUGAAGAAGCUGGUCCCGCUAUCGUUGAGCGCAAAUGUGUUUAG